UUGAGUCUUGUCCUUGCAAAUAACGAAACUUUCACAUGUGAUUUUAAAUCCCAUUAGGGUAAUACAGUGAUAACGAAAUUAAAACCCAAUGAAAUGAAAUACCAAUUUUCUCAUACGGUGCAGUGUAAUAAACUUUCACUCUCAGUAUGAAUGAUAAUUGCACGGCUUAAAUCAGAUUAUAGGUUAUGUCAUCGGAUGAUAAGCAGACAAUGGAAAACACCACCACUUCCAAUGAGGCACCAGUGGAAAAAAAUGGUUUAUUUUCAAGCAUUCGAGGAUUUUGGAAUAAAACCCCACAAGAAAAUGAUACAGAUACCCUAUCACUUUUUUUGCCAAUAUCUAAAGGCCAAGAUUCCCCAAUAUCUAAGGAGGAAGUCGAUAGAUUUAUAGCUAAAGAAACUGGAUUAGGCAGGCUAAAACACAUGUAUUCAUAUCAACCAAUGUCAGUGAUAAGUGCAGACUUGCACAAUGUGCUCAGCUUGACAGCACCUGUGACACUCUUCUCUGGUAUGAUAAUAGCGGGUCUAAGAUACCCCAGUGCUAAAUUUGACUUCUUGAAAAGUCCAGAAAGAGGACUAGUGAAAUUUCAAAGGAAGAAUCUGAGAAUGGCAAGAAUGUAUAAAUAUGACAUUCUCCUAUUAGACUUAUUUAGAACAGCAUUUAAAGCUGGAUUCAAAUUUGGUGGAUUUUUUACAUGUAUUCUGUUGGUAAACCAGAGUUUAGCAACGUACCACAAUAAAUCCAGUCCACUGUAUUACGCAGCAGGGGGAGCGGUAGCAGGUGCCCUGAACAAGUUUGUAGAUGGUACCAGGGCCAUGAUUGCAGGGGGAACUGUAGCCGGGUUUAUUGGGCUGGUGUAUGGAGGAGCAUUUUAUUUAUUUUUAAAACAAUAUGGGAUGACACAGGAUAUUUUCCAUUGGGAGGAUGUCAGAAGGAGGCUGGAAAUUGGGUAUGAGCUUUUGGAGAAAGAAAAUGCCAGUAAAGAUGACAGUAAAACAAAGAAAGAUUCCUGAUGACUGAAGAGAGAAUAAAAGUGGAUGUCUUUUAAAAUUAUUGAUGUAUUACAGUCGAUACAGACAUUGUCUAAACAAAGUACCAAUAGAAUCAUGUGAUACUACAGUAUGGUUUAAUGUGACUGUAGAAAAUAUUGUACACAGUAUGAAUUUCAGAGUGAUUGUGUUUGAAUGACAUAUAAUGUAAAUAAAGAAAGGGUGAAAGACCAUCGAAAAAA